AUGCCGCCUGCCGCCCCGCCACCGCCGGUGAACGUUGCGUACCUGGAUGGGACCGUUUAUAACAAUCCCAAGCGGUACAAAGACAAUCUAGGGGGGCCAAAUGGAUUCAAGCCUAAAAAGGACCCAAUUCCGGGACCACCGAUUCCUGUGGCGGCAGGCAAACCGGUAUUUGACAUAGUGGUGGAGCCGGAGUACGUUCCCGAUCCGUUUCCGGUACCAUAUCCUUAUCCGGUUGAAGAGGAUUAUGACGAUAACUUGUACCUCACGAGCGGUGACGGAGAUAAUGACCACGAUCGCCCUCCAGCGGAUCAGGGGGAUCCACUACCGUCUCAGUCUCCAGGUGGACGACGAAAGAAACCCAAGUACAAGCGUACAAACUACAUUGAGAGAAGUGAGCCGGAGUGGUCGUGUCCGCGUGAAUAUACUGAAGAGGGCCGCCGGUGCGUUCAAUUCGACGUGGUCGACGUGGAGAUUGGAUGUGUUGACGGGUGGGAAUAUCGAAAUGGCGAAUGUAUUGCUAUUGACAUUCAGUUACCGGAGAUGGUGUGUCCUGAGGAAUUCGAAAAAAUUGGAGACAGAUGCACUCGUAGCAUUAUUGCUCCAAAACAAAUGAUUUGUCCGGAGAACCAGAUUCAUACGAUUCACGGAUGCAAGCAGAAUGUUGUGGCCGAACCUGCGAUUCAGUGCAUUGGUUCAACUAUGUCUCAAGGAGUCUGUCAGCGCACUAUUCGGAUGCGCCCUGAUCCGCAAUGCACUCUUGGAUUCAAACUAGGCGGUGAUGAACGAACAUGCUUCAAGGAAUCAGUGACAAGCGGCCAAACAACCUGCUUGGAUCAGUUUUCGUUUGAUGAGCAUGGGAUGUGUGAAAGAAUGGUGGUGGGUGACGUUUUGGCAACGUGUCCUCACGGGUACACGCGUGACAAUUUCACCUGUCAUAGAAAAGUUGUGCAUCCAGCUCUCAGGACCUGUGACUUUGGAUUGAUGUCCGAAGACGGAACCUGUCUAAGUACCAAGUCUCUGGGACGGCCCAUGGCUGCUUGCCCCCAUGGAGCUGUACUUAAUGCUUAUAUGAAGUGCGAAGCCACCGCAAAACACCCAAUUUCUAAGUCUAAGAAGAAGAAAGAAGCUUGUGAUACGGGCUUCAAACAAACUGGAGAUGAGUGCGUCAAGACUUUAUUUAUGGAGCCGUCAUACUCUUGUGAUGGCGGGGCCACACUGGUGGGUUCGGAAUGCGUGUCGACAAUUUCUUCCGCGGUUUUGUUGUCCUGCCUCCCUGGACAGACUCUGGACGGAGAUGCUUGCUACUAUGAUGAGGCAACUACCACCAGUACAUCCUGCGCACCUGGGUUUGAUUUGACAUUGGACGGAAAAUGCUUAAAACGGGAAGUGACGAACCCUCAGCUGGCCUGUCCUCAGGGCUAUCGUCCGGGUGUGGAUGCUAUGUGUCAUCAGAUCGAGAAGAUUGAGGCGACGUUGAAUUGUCCAGUCACAACUAGUCUUAUUCUUGAGGAUGACACUUACAUUUGCCAUGGCAUCGAGACCGUGCAGCCUGAUUAUACAUGUCCCAUUCCGGGCCUGGCUUUGGAGACCACAGCAACCGGGCCGAAAUGCACUGGGUGGCAAGUCAAUGAGCCGACUUUUGUUUGCGCCCCGGGAUUCACUAACGAGGGGAACAAGUGUGUUAAGCUGGAGGCGGCGUCAAAACUGCCCGUGUGUCCUGCCGAGUAUUCGCUUUCAUUUGAUUCCUGUUUGCGGGAGUUGCAGCAGCCGGCGCUAUACUUUUGUCCGGACGGAUACGUGCAUCAGCGGAAGGCGCAGACGUGCACCCGAAAGAAAUACACGGACUUGAUUCCGGUGUGUCCGACGGAUAUGGAGUACGACAAACUGGUCGGCGAAUGCUACCGGUUGAAGACUGACUACGAAUUCGACGAGCCGCUGAAGACUGGCGGUGAUCCCCCCGACGAGGCCCUGAAGGACUUAGACGUGACCACGCCGUCGCCUUCCACGGAGGAGACUACACUGGCACCGGCGGCCGAGGGUCCGAUGGGCGGCUACCCACCGCUGCCGCCGAUGGCUGGGUACCCUCCGAUUGGGCACCAUCAUCUCGCUGCAGCUUUACCUCCUCCGCAGUUGACUAUUGUUCAGCAACCCGUGGUGGUCCCCCAGCCGGCAGUGAUAUUACCUCAGCAAGCGCCUGUACCCCCGCCGCCAGCAAUUCGAGUGCCUUACGGUGUUCCGCAGCCCGUGCCUACGCCGGUGCGUCCGCUGGAGCACCACAAGGUCAUCAACCAGAGUAUGAGUACUGUUAUCAAUCCAUCCAUGUAUGGCAGUGCUGGUGGGAAGAAGCAUGCGUGA